CGCGUCCGACAGGGCUGCGCCGGGCUGGGCCUCGGCGCCUUGCCCGGGGCCGGGGGGUCGCGGCGGAGGCCGAGGCGGACCCCAUGGCCUGGGCACCGGCCGCGCUGGGCCGCUCACGGUGCUAGGGCCGGGGGCAGCGACGAGCAUGGUGGGCGUCCUGGCCAUGGCGGCGGCGGCGGCUCCCCCUCCGGUGGAGGACUACGAGAUUGAGCCUUGCAAAAAGCGAAGGAAAGACGAUGACAGAUCUUCCUGCAGAACCAUUACGAAAUAUUUAUCUCCAUUAGGGAAGACUGGGGACAAAGUUUUCUCACCUCCAAAAUCUAGUAAUAUUAUGAAUUAUUUUAGAAGGACUUCACCCAGCAGUGAGAGAAGACAUUCAGUGAAGAAGUGCCAGAUAAAGUCUGCGCCAUCACCCACCGACCUUGGCAAAGAGCGGGGGCUGCGUUUGGAAAUGCUCUCACUUAAGAAGAAAGGAAGGAGGGUUAAUCUGUCUCAUCAACUCAGUUGUAUUAAAAUGGAAAAUGAAUCUCCAAUUGAAAUUAGUAGUGAUGAGAGCAAAGAAGACUGUAGUUUUAACGCUUUUGAGGACUGUAACACUUGUGUUUUACUUCCGAAGAAACAUGUCAACGCACCUGAAGAAUGCAAUCAAGAUAGCAAAAACCAAUCAAGUGUCGGGACCUCCAAGAAAAAUUGUAAGAAAGUAAAUCCUAAGCAAGGGGCCACAAAAAAUGAUGACAAGAGGUUGAGGAAAAGGAGGCGGCAAGAUACAAUAGAUAUGUCUGAAAGUUUGACCCUGACGGAGGAACAAAAUCUGCUUAAAAAGAAUGAUAGAGACAGUGAACAGAUCAUGCCUUCCCUUGCUGAUGAAAUCAAGAACACUACAAAGCAUGCAGACUUGAGAGAUCAUGUAAUGAAAAGAGACCAGUCGCAUGACAAUACAGUAACUGUCUCCUAUGAAGAAUUCCUGAAAAGUCAGUGGGAACAUGAGGUGGAACCGGUACCAGAUUCUACCAUGUCAAUUUGUGUUCCUUCUGAAAGUGUCGAAGAAAUAGUCAAAAGUAGUGAUGUGAGAGAAGUAGAAAACUGUGAAAUUUCUCCACAGGUACGUUUUAAGACAGUUACUGUUCUUGCACAAGUUCACCCUAUUCCCUUAAAAAAAUUAGGAAAAAUUCCCCCAAUUUUCUUGAAACACAAGCGUUCUGAAGUGGAAAAUAGCCUGUCUGAUCCUGAGAAUGAACAGAUGAUCCAGAAAAGGAAAUCAAAUGUUGUCAUACAGGAAGAAGAAUUAGAAUUGGCAGUUUUGGAAGCUGGAACUUCUGAAGCUGUGAAACCAAAAUGCACUCCUGAAGAAAGACAGCAGUUCAUGAAGGCAUUCAGGCAGCCCACAUCAGAGGCACUGAAGGAUGGAGUCAAAAAACCCGACAAACAGAAAGACCUCAGUGAAAAAUCUUCCAGUGAGGAAGGAAGAGAUGGCAGUGCUAAAAAAAUCAUGGACAGUACUCACACUCAAACGCUUGCAAGCAACGACUGUUCACAGGCUCGCAAGGAACGUUGUCCUAAGGAGAAAAGUAAAAAGGUCAAGAAAAAGGGAAAGAAGACUUCAGAUAUUGGGGUUCCUCAGGCUGAAAACGCAGAGGUAGAUGCUCAACAGCCAGAAGCAAUCUUUUCCUUUAAAAAUACACAACACCAAAACAGGCUUAGAAUGAAUUUAAGACAAAAGAAAGCAGACAUUUUCAAAAGCAGCACGCCAGUUAAGAGUAAAAGACUUGUUUGUGAAAAUCCAGCAAGUGGUGACCCUCCACUCAAGAAUUACAAACCAAGAAAGACGGGCACAGCAGCUAAAGAUAAGGUUACACCUUCUAAAGCCAAGCCUGAGGACAGCUUGGUGAAUAUUUCCACACCCAAAUCAACCAGAAGAUCUGUGAGACAUUGCACGCCCACUAUGGUGACAAUGAGAGGGACCUGUUCUGAAGGGACCCCCGAUGUCAACCCAGCUAAGGCUUCUACUCCCAAAGCAGCCAACUUUGUGGACAGGCAUGGCCUCUACACAGCAGAACUGAUAACAGUACCCUCUGACUCAGAGAGCCCCAUCAGGAUGAAGUUCACCAGAAUUACCACUCCCAAAAAGUCUAAGAAGAAAUCUAAAAAAAAAUCCAAGAAAUCAGAAGCAACUGAUGAAGAUUUUAUUUCUCCAACUAGAAAGGCAAGCAGCGCUUCCAAAAAUGUAUCCAAAGCAAAGCAACUAAUUGAAAAAGCGAAAGCUUUACACAUCAAUAAAACAAAGGUAGCCGAAGAAACAGUUGUACCGUUACGGCGCUCCUCUAGACAUCAGAUGCUUUCCGAAAAGAAAACAUUGUCAAAAUCAGAAGACUCUGUCAUAAUAAUAGAUUCAAGUCUGACUUCUCUAAAGCAUUCGGAAAAAAAUCAGAAGAAGCUUCAGAGUUUGAAUGAUGUACUAGGAAAAAAAAUUAGCAAGCCUCCUAAAAAUAUACCUGGAAAAAUGAAAGUUGCUCCAUUAUUCCUUGCCAGAAAGCCUCAAAAAACAACUGGUCCUGUCCUUGGCUUUGAUGAAAGCAGUCAAGAUACGUCUGAAAAAUCUGAGGAUUGUAAUGCACAAUUCAAAGCAAAGCGUGACUUUUUAAUGAGCGGUUUGCCAGAUUUACUGAAACGACAAAUUGCAAAGAAAGCUGCCGCACUGGAUGUGUACAAUACAGCGAGUUCCAGUUUCCAGAGAGUUGUUCAUGUGCAACAAAAGGAUGAUGGCUGCUGGUUGUGGCAUCUGAAACUGCCCUCUUGUCCACUCUUAACUACGUUUAAGGAACUGACCACUAAAGUGAGGGAUGUCUCCAAAUGUGUUAUUGCCCUUGGUGAAUUUUCAACUUUGAAUUCAAAUGUGCAAAGUAGUAAAUCUGUGCUUAUGACAAAAAGGAAGGAUUUUACUGAGGAAGUAAGAAAUCUUUUGUUGGAGGAAAUCAGGUGGUCCAAUCCUGAAUUUUCUUUGAGAAAAUACUUUCCCUUGCUUCUGAAAAAGCGAAUUGAGCACCAGGUACUUUCUGAGUGUCAUGGUAAACAAGAAAGUCUACAACUAGAACUGGAUGCCAUUCAAAAAGAAACCAAACGGAAACGAAUUGAAACACAAAAUUAUAAGUCAAAGAGAAAGAAAUCAUGUGAAUACUCAGAAAUUCCAGAAAAGGAAAGUGGGAAGCCAGAAAAGCUUAACAGAAGAAGCACUUCCUCUGGGGUGAAGUCAGGUUCUCCCAGAGGUUUAUGUCCUAAGGCGACCUGGAAGAAACAAACUGCCCUGAGUACAACAUGGAAAGUGGAGCCAAACGCACAAGAUAUGGAUGUUUUGAUAAUAGAUGAUGACAAAGAGUCUGGACCUGAAACAUCUUCUGCUCCUGAUUCUGGGAUUGAAGACAUGCUUUGGACAGAGAAGUACCAACCUCUAAAUGCCAGUGAACUUGUGGGCAAUGAGUUAGCUAUAAAAAAGUUACAUGGUUGGUUAAAAGACUGGAAAAGAAGAGCUGAAUUGGAAGAAAGGCAAAAUUUGAAGGGAAAAAGAGAAGAGAAACAAGAAGACGUUUCGAGUACCUUGGACUUUCAGGGCAGUUCGGAUGAAGAAGAGGGUCGUCUCUGUAAUACUGUUCUGAUCACAGGGCCGACGGGCGUGGGGAAGACUGCCGCAGUGUACGCUUGUGCUCAGGAACUUGGCUUUAAGAUAUUUGAGGUGAAUGCGUCUUCCCAGCGUAGUGGUAGACAAAUUCUGUCUCAACUGAAGGAAGCUACGCAGUCCCAUCAAGUAGACAAGCAAGGGGUAAACUCACAGAAGCCCUCUUUUUUCAAUACCUACCACAUCGGCAGAUCUCCAAAAAAACUAAACUCCCCUAAGAAAGUUGUCACAUCUCCAAGGAAAGUUCCUCCAUCAUCACCUAAAAGUAAUGGACCUAAACGAGCACUGCCCCCCAAAACUUUGGCAAACUACUUUAAAGUAUCUUCUAAACCAAAAAAUAAUGAAGAAAUAGGAGCAGUUUUGGAAAAUAAUAAAGAAAUUGAAGACAGUUUUGAACAGAAGCAGAUUAUUCACAUGAAGUCUACAAAUGCACUGACUAGAGAUUUUGGAGCUGAGGAAUCCAACAGAAGAAAUGCAACAUCUCUUAUUCUUUUUGAAGAGGUUGAUGUCAUUUUUGAUGAAGAUGCUGGGUUUUUAAAUGCAGUCAAAACAUUCAUGGCAACAACUAAGCGACCUGUAAUCCUGACUACAAGUGAUCCAACAUUUAGUUUGACGUUCGAUGGUUGUUUUGAAGAAAUCAUUUUUAAUACUCCUUGCUUGGUAAAUGUUGCCAGCUACCUACAAAUGAUCUGCUUAACUGAGAAUGUUAGAACUGAUGUAAAAGACUUCGUAACUUUGUUAACUGCAAAUGCUUGUGAUAUCAGAAAAAGUAUCCUCUUCCUACAAUUUUGGAUUAGAAGUGGAGGUGGAAUUUUAGAAGAAAGGCCAUUGUCCUAUUGUCGAGGAAACAGCAAGAAUGUACUCACAGGUUGCUGCAGAGAUGGUCCUGAUGCAAAAAACAGCCUUAAAAAUAGUAAUAAGAAUUGUGUAAUCCUUCCCAAGUGUGACAGCGGCUGUGUUGAGACCUUCUUUGGUCUGAAGAACAUUUUCGCCCCAUCUGAUGGCUUGCUCUCGUUUCUGAAGCUCAAAAUCACAGCAAAAGACGAAUGGCAUAAACUCAUCCAACUUCUCACAGAAUUUCAAAUGCGAAGUGUAGAUUUUUUGUAUAGUAAUCUUGAGUUCAUUUUACCGUUACCUGUUACUAUCUUUCCAGAACUAAAACCUCUCCAUGGCUCCUCAGAAAGUCCCAAUCCCAGCACUGCCACAAACAGUGCAGCCUGUCCUGCUAGAAAAAAUCCCAGAGAACAGCCAGGGAAAAAGAUGCCCAAAAGGAAACAGAAGAAAAAGAUAGUGACGCUGGAUGACAGUGACCUGUUUGACAGCGACCUAAGCUUUCCUGAGGAAUCUGUGAGUCUGUCCCCUGUGUCCAUUUCCUCCAUCUUGGAAGACAAAGAAAGCGAUCCAGAUGCAAAGAAGCUAGAUGAGUGUUUAGCGUCCAGUGCCGAGUCAGCUGCCCGUCCCCCCACAACACUGGCAGAAAAGCAGCACUCUGCCCUGGUCUCCCGGUGCCUCAGCUCUCUCACAGAGUUCCUGGACAACAUGUCCUUCCUCGAUGCCCUCUUAACUGAUGUAACAGAGCAAAAGGAACUUGGUAAAAACGACUUCAGAUGGACCAGUGGGAAGGUUAAAAGUGGGCUUUGCGAUGAGUAUAGCCUCGAGAGCGGGGACAACGGAUGGACUGCUCGAAGCUCUGUGGAAGUGAAGGCAGCCGCAGAAGCUCUCAGCUUUACUAAGUGUUCCUCUGCUCUUUCCAAAGCCUUGGAAACAAUGGAUUCUUGCAAGAAACUAGGAGGCAAUCUAACCAGCGAGCUUAGUAUUUAUGUUUCACAAAAGCGUGACAGUGUGCACUUCAACCAGUCCGCAGCUAACUUAGACAAUGCACAGAAGAGGAUAGCAGUCAUUAAGAGUGUGUUUUCUAGUCGAUCUCUAAUGAACCUGGGUAGUAGACAAGCUAUUGUAACUGAAUAUCUGCCAACUCUCCGAAGCAUUUGUAAAACUGAGAAGUUAAAAGAACAAGAAAAAAACAAAAGGAGGUUCCUGCAUUAUUUUGAAGGAAUUCAUCUUGAUAUUCCAAAAGAGACUGUGAAUACCUUGGCAGCUGACUUCCCUUAAUAGUCUGCGUUAAUUGUGUACAGAUUAUGUAGUCCUUAAGAUAUUUUUGUAUUAUGUUGAUUUUUGUGGAAGAAUUUAUUUCUUAAUGUACAUUUAAAACAGACUAUUUGUAUAUUUUUUUAUUUGUGUGUGUAUAUUUAAGAUGAAAAUAUUUGAGUUAAAAAUUGUAUAUACGAUUGUGGUAGUUUUUUCCUGUAAUUUUUGCAUUACCCGACUUUACUUUGUAGGAGCGUUUUUGUGUGUCUAUGGAAAUGAAUUAACUAUUUCUAGAAGGUUGAGUUCACCAAGAUAUUGUUAAAGGUGUUUUGAUGAAAAACCAAUUUAUAAUUUCUCCCUUUCCUGUAACCCUUAAACCUCCUGUCAAAUAUUGGUGCUUUGUCAAACUGUAAAUAUGGUUUUUAAAAAAUUGUUUACACAAUAUGAAAUAUAAAAUUACAUAUUAUGUAUAAUAGGUAUGUAAACUACAUAUUACAUAUGUAAUUACAUACACAAAAACAUUUCCUAAGAAAAUUAUGCUUCAAAUUUUUGGGGGGAGGAGGGAAAGGUUGUCCUGAUUAAUUUAUCUGUAGUGUUGUCCUCUGGCAAAUUUUACCAUUGAAUCAUUGGAUGCUGAAAAUGUAAGAUCAAGAUUAUAAAUUCGUUUUCAUAGGCCUUUUUCAGCAGCCGUGUGAUAGUGUGUCUAUUUGCCAGCUCAGGUCAUUUGCAUUGUACAUUGGCUUAUAUUUUUAUUUUGUUGAUGUUUAUUUUAUAAAGAUAUUGACAUUAUGUGUUUGUGCAAGAAGCUGUUAAUUAAAGCUGUGACAGGUUUGUGUUUA